UCUCAGGGUCUCUCACUCUCUGCUCAACAGAAUCACUGACACUGCUGCUGCUGCUGCUUCUACACAAUCAAUGAGAUAACUGGAGCUCACUGUGCACUCCGGUCCUCUGCUGUUCCUGCUGCCUUUAUCCUGCUGCAUUGUGGGCUGCUCUCAAAAUAGGACACUGAAAUACUAGAAAUUGCAGCAUUUCCAAAGGAAGUUGGACUCUGGGGCAAGGAUGUUCCCCUCCUUUACGUCUGUGCUGCUGGUCACAGCACUGACCAGUGUCUGGGCCCAAGACUUUUAUGAAGAGAGGAAAAUUAACAAGAAAUCCAGGGCCAAACCGCUGGCUGCAAAUAUUCAUGAUGGACAAGCCAUUCUAGAUGAGGACUGCAGCUUGGAGCUCUCCUUCCUGUUGGACAGCUCUGAGAGUGCCAAGGACAAUCAUGAGCAGGAAAAGCAGUUUGCUAUGAACAUGGUGGACAGACUCCAAGGGGUAAGGCUGCAGACCGGCCGCAGCUUGAGCUUGAGGGUGGCUCUGCUGCAGUACAGCAGUCAUGUUAUCACAGAGCAAACCUUCAGAGACUGGAGGGGCACAGAGAACUUCAAGACCCAUAUAGCUCCCAUCAUCUACAUCGGGCACGGCACCUACACCACCUACGCCAUCACCAAUAUGACCAAGAUCUACCUGGAGGAAUCCAGCCAUGGUACCAUAAAAGUAGCCGUGCUGCUUACAGAUGGCAUUUCACACCCGAGAAACCCUGACAUUUUCUCUGCUGUUGCUAAUGCCAAGAACCAGGGCAUCAAAUUCUUCACUUUGGGCAUCACCUGGGCAGCCAACGAGCCAGCCAAUGUAGCCCAACUCCGUCUACUAGCCAGCUCCCCGGCCUCCCGCUUCCUCCAUAAUUUACAAGACAAAGACAUUGUUGAAAAAAUCGUCACUGAGAUUACCAGCUUGGCUGAUGAAGGGUGCCCUCUGGCUCAGAGAUGUGCUUGUGAGAAAGGAGAGAUGGGGCCAAGCGGGCCUGCGGGGAAAAAAGGUCGCCCCGGAGAAGAUGGAGCCCCAGGGCUUAAAGGGCACAAGGGUGAAGCAGGACUAAGUGGUCUACCCGGGCGAGAGGGUGCUGAGGGAAAACCAGGUUACAAAGGAGAGAAGGGUGAGAGGGGUGAGUGUGGCACUCCGGGAAUCAAAGGAGACCGGGGUCCUGAGGGUUCAGUUGGAACAAGAGGACUUAGAGGUCUGCAGGGGUUACCAGGACCACAUGGAGACAUUGGACCAGAGGGCCCUCAGGGAAAGCAGGGUGAACGUGGCUCAGUUGGCCCUCCAGGGAUUCAGGGGGAAACUGGUAUUGGACUUCCUGGACCAAAAGGUGACAUGGGAUUCCAGGGCCGACCAGGUCCUCCUGGUCCUCUUGGAGUGGGGGAACCCGGCCUUCCUGGACCUCAAGGACCACAAGGUGUUCAAGGGGAAAAAGGACCCCAAGGCGAGGGGUUUCCCGGACCAAAGGGGGAUCGGGGGCUCCCUGGACCGAGCGGGCCAAGGGGACAGCAGGGUGCAGGAAUCAAAGGAGAAAGGGGUGAAUUGGGGCCUCCAGGUCUUCCGGGGCUAACUGGACUGACAGGAGUGGGCAUACAGGGAGAGAAGGGAAUCGAGGGUCCAAGAGGUCCACCAGGAGUCAGAGGACUUCCAGGAGAGGGUUUACCUGGAUCUAAGGGAGACCAAGGUUUACCCGGAGAGCAGGGAGCUCCAGGAGAGAGAGGCAUUGGUGAGCCUGGUCCAAAGGGAGAACCAGGAUCAGCUGGUUUGAGUGGCCUGCAUGGUCUUCCAGGAGAGGAUGGAGCUCCAGGACAGAAGGGGGAGCCUGGUUUACCUGGUUUAAGAGGUCCUGAUGGAGCACAGGGAAUUGGCACUCAAGGGGAGAAGGGUGACCAGGGUCUGAGGGGCAUCCGUGGGUUACAUGGGCCUCCUGGGAUCUCAGGACCCUCUGGGCCAAAGGGUGAACGUGGGAUACCAGGCCAGCAGGGCUUGCCAGGGCUGCCGGGACGGUCCAUAUCAGGUCCAAAGGGUGAUGUAGGCCCUCCUGGUCCCUCUGGUCCUAUUGGGGAAACAGGCCAUGGAUUACCUGGUCCAAAGGGUGAUCGUGGUCAUCUGGGUUUACCAGGUCCAGUUGGUCCAAAAGGCGAAGGUAGCUCCGGCCCUAUGGGUCCUCCAGGCAUGCCAGGCUUACCGGGCGAGCCGGGCCUAGAAGGAAUAGGAAUUCCUGGUCCUAAGGGUGACAUUGGCUUUAGAGGAUUGCCAGGUUUGCCUGGCCCAUCUGGAGAGGGUUUACAAGGACCACCUGGUAAUGUUGGGAGGUCAGGACCUCCUGGUCCAACUGGACCUCCGGGAGAGGGCAUUCAAGGCCCAAAGGGUGAGCCAGGAUCUCAAGGUAUGACUGGGCCUAGAGGGCCUCAAGGAGAUGGAUUUCCUGGAGCUAAGGGUGAUCGUGGAUUACAGGGUGAGAGGGGAAUGAAAGGUACAAAAGGAGACUUGGGAGAUCCCGGAGUCCCUGGUGAAGGGGGGAGGCCAGGAGCAAAAGGAGAACCAGGCCUCACAAGAGAAGACAUUAUUAAGCUGAUCAAAGAAAUCUGCGGAUGUGGCAUCAAGUGCAAAGAAAGACCAAUGGAACUUGUGUUCGUCAUUGACAGCUCAGAGAGCGUCGGCCCCGAGAACUUUGAAAUCAUCAAGGACUUUGUCACCAGGUUGGUGGACCGGACCACAGUUGGACGCAACGCCACCAGAAUCGGACUGGUCCUCUACAGUCUGGAUGUCCAUUUGGAGUUCAACUUGGCUCGCCACAUGAGCAAACAGGACGUUAAGCAGGCAAUCAGAAAAAUGCCUUACAUGGGUGAGGGCACCUACACUGGUACUGCCAUCAGAAAGGCGACUCAGGAGGCUUUCUUCAGUGCUCGGCCUGGAGUCAGAAAAGUAGCCAUCGUCAUCACCGACGGUCAAACUGACAAACGAGAGCCUGUCAAACUUGACAUAGCCGUGAGGGAGGCUCAUGCUGCAAACAUCGAGAUGUACGCCCUGGGGAUUGUCAAUUCUUCUGAUCCUACGCAGGCUGAGUUCCUGCGAGAGCUCAACCUCAUUGCCUCUGACCCCGACAGUGAACACAUGUACCGUAUUGAUGACUUCAAUACUCUACCAGCACUGGAGUCAAAACUUGUCAGCCAGUUCUGUGAAGAUGAAAAUGGCGCCCUUAUUUACAAUCACAUUACAAAUGGACACUGGAACGGCAACAAUGGGCAUGGGCAUGGUAUUAAUGGAAACAAUAGACAUGGAGAGAACACCAAUGGAUAUUAUGGCUAUGGCAAUAAUGGUUAUGCUUAUGAAAACCAUGGAUAUGGGAACAACGGGAAUGGUUACAAUUACCAAGAUAAAAUCCAAAAUCAAAGACGCACCAACAGCCGAGGCCGAGGAGACACUUUCACGCUGCCCAUCAGUGCUGAUCCUCUCCCUGUUCAGGUGGUGGAAGAUGAUGAUGGUGAAGAUUUAGACCUGAGAGCCCAUGUGCGGGGCGGCAAUACUGUAGCUGCAGUUAACAAAACAACAUCUUUAUCGCCUGUGAGAGAAAAAAGCUCCGUCUCCAGUGAGGCAGUCAUAUCAUCAUCUUCAUCGUCGUCCACGUCUUCAUCCUCAUCUGCAACAUCUUCGUCGACACUGGGCUCAGCUUCAUCAUUAAACUCAAAUCAGUUGCAGCCCGUGGUGAGUCCAGUCCUGCCUGAAGAGGCCCCUCUUCGUGAUCCCCGCUGUAACCUCAGCUUGGAACAAGGCACCUGCCGAAACUAUAGCAUCCGCUGGUAUUAUGACAAGCAGGCUAAUGCCUGUGCACAGUUUUGGUAUGGAGGCUGUGGUGGAAAUGACAACCGUUAUGAAACAGAAGAUGAAUGCAAGAAGACUUGUGUUAUAUUCAGAACAGCAGGAUAAAAGAAGCCAUCAGAAAGUGGACUUUACUACUCUACAAUCUGCUGAUUCGUUAUUUCAAUCAUGCAUUAUGUCAGUUGUGUUCAGAACAUUUAAUGCACUGUUGUAACAAUUCUGUCCUCAUGUACAAAUGCGUUUUCUGAUCAAAGAGCAAAGCACUGCUAAAAAGUGACCAACUGAAUCAAAAACCUGAAAAACUGCUGACAUGUUGUUGUUUCAACCCAAUGAAUGACUGACUGACAAUUAAGAUCAGCUUCUACAAAAACAGACUUUAUUACCUCAAAGAAAUUGUAUUGUGCUUGCCAGAGGAAAGCCUUUAUUCAGGGUUUGGCUGCCCUGGCUUGACAACUACAGAAACUUUAUUACAAUUAAAAAUGAACCUGUAGAUCAUUCUUAUACCUCUAUGAGCCACAUGCUUGAACUGAAUAUAUUUCUAGCAAGACAUCAAUAAUAACUUGUUUGUUUACCUUGUGUUGAUAUGAUUUGCUGAAACAUGCUGAGUACUUUUGUGUGCGUUCUGUUUGUUAAUAUUACAAUGUGUCCAUUCGAGGUAUAACUGGCAGCAGGGUCAUUUCUGUCUGGGUACGACUUUCAGAGGUCUUCUGCAAAUGUCAUCUUGUGAUGAAGAUUGAGGCUUUCUGCCAUGCAUCCAUUAAAGGCUUUUCUAUUUGGGCAGUGUGUGUAUAUCUGAAUAAAUGAUUUGUAUGUUUUUAAAUAAUAAAAUAUAAAAUAAUG